AUGAAGUCGGCGACCUCCCUCCUCCUCGGCGCCGCGCUCGCCACCGCCUGCUUCCUCCUCUACACGUCCGUGGGCCGCGACCUCGGCGCGUGGUCGCCACCGGCGCCUCGGUGGGCGCCGGAGAAUGGUGGAGGCGGCGCCGAUCGGCCCAAGCAAGAGCUCGUCGUCGUGAAAGAGGAGGAGGUGAGUAGGGGCGUGGUUGCCAGCAGCGACGGCGGCGGCGGCGGCAGAGAUGAUGGCUCGUCGUCGGAGCAGAAAGGAAGGCAGCAGCGGCGGCAGAUCGUGAUGCCUGCGAACAAGCAACUGCAGCAUGACAAGCCCCAAGAUCUUGCCGAUCUGCUCCGACGAGCGGCGAACGCAGACCGGACCGUGCUGAUGACGGCGCUCAACGAGGCAUGGGCGGCACCGGGGUCGUUCCUGGACCUGUUCCUAGAGAGCUUCAAGCACGGCGAGAACACCGCGUACCUAGUGAACCACCUGCUCAUAGUGGCCAUGGACAAGAAAGCGUUCGACCGGUGCAACGCCGUGCACCCCUUCUGCUACUGGUUCAGGGUGGAGGGCAUGGACUUCGCCGCCGAGCAGAAGUACAUGAAGGGGGACUACCUGGAGAUGAUGUGGAAGCGGAACAGGUUCCAGCAGACCAUCCUGGAGCUAGGCUACACCUUCCUCUUCACCGACGUGGACAUCCUGUGGUUCAGGGACCCGUUCCCGCGCAUGUCGCCGGCGGCGCAGGUGGUGAUGUCGUCGGACUUCUUCGUGGGCGACCCGGACUCGCCGGGGAACUACCCGAACGGCGGCCUCCUCUACGUGCGGUCCUGCGCCAGCAGCAUCGGGUUCUACGAGCACUGGCAGGCGUCGCGGGCGCGGUUCCCCGGGAUGCACGAGCAGUACGUGUUUGACAAGAUCGUCAAGGAGGGCGUGCCCGGCCGCCUCGGCACCAAGGUGCAGUUCCUCGACACGGGCCGCUUCGGCGGGUUCUGCCAGCACGGCAAGGACCUGGGGAAGAUCGUCACCAUGCACGCCAACUGCUGCGUGGGGCUGGAGAACAAGCUGUUCGAUCUCAAGAACGUGCUGGAGGACUGGAAGAUUUAUAAGAGGCGUGUCGCCGCCGGGAACACCACGGAGUACUUCUCGUGGAGGGUGCCCGGGAGGUGCAUACACUGA